GAUGCACUUCUCGAUGCCGCGCCGGUGGAUUUGCACCAGGAGAUCACCAUGGAGCAAAGAAGGGGAGGCCAGAGGCAACACCGCGACUUCGCUGGUAUACUGUCUCACGUUGACACGGAAGCCAUCGCCGCCUUAUCUCUCAGCAUCAUGCAGCGCCAUCUCGCAGAGGACAAGAAACGCAAGCCAUCACCGUUGCAGCUACCUCUCGUCAGAGGUCAGUUCUUCGGCUCAGCACAUGUCUUCUAUAUGAUCGAGUUCUACCAUCCACAAACCCGCAAGGCCAUCAAGUGGAUUAUCAAGAUACCAAUCAACGGCACGCCAGACAUAUGGGAUAGGCUGUGCGCUGAGACACUACGGACCGAGGCUCUUGUGCUAUACAGUAUGUGACACUUAGAACUAUUCCUUUGCCCCCCCCCCCUUUUUUUUUCGGUUCCAGACGCCAGGAAUCCUUCCUCAAGCUAGUGAAUGGAUGUGCUGCUUCCGAGACAUGCCUAAUACUGUCCAAGGCCCCUUACAUCUAGAAGUAAUUGCUAACAUUUGUCUUUUUGAGUGCUACGGAUGAAUACUACUGUUCCUGUGCCUGCGAUUAUCGAUGCCGACCCGUCCCCGUAUAACGAAAUACACGCGCCGUAUCUCAUCAUGGAAUACAUGGAGGGCC